CAUUCUGUUUUUGUUGUCGAGUUACUCGGGAAAAUCCAAUCAAUUAUUGAGCAAAAACAAAAAUGAUGCAAACCACCGGAAGUCAGAGGAAUUUCAUGGACAAGAUACGUAAAUGGUGGCGACGAAGGCGUGGGGGAGUUUCCUCCGACGAGGAUGAGAUCGGGCGAUCGGGUCGGCGGGAAAAGAAGAAGCCGACAGGACCCUGGCCCUUCUGGCGGAUAGUCUUCUGGCUGGGUGUCCUGGCCCUGGUCUGUGGCAUCUGUCUGGCUGCCUAUUUCACUCUCAAGUCUGACUUUGGCGAGUGCUCCGAGUAUGAUGUGCGAUGUGAUUGAGUUGCCAGCAAGGAUGUCGUCCUUCAGAGCGAGAGAGAUUCUAUACGGAAGCUAGAAUUUGUUUGUAUUAUAUUUGGAUGACACUUGGAUAAUCCUAGUCCAGUAAGAACCAUGUAUCCUCGUCGAAAUCUCAGCCUGGAGCGUCACAGGAUCGAUGAGAUCUGUAUGGUUGUUUUUUUGUUCGCUUUAUUAAUUAUAUUGGCUAUCUAUGUUUACCUCCUCUUAUCCUUUUUGAUCUACAAAUCCCAGAAGGACAAUCAGUAUUGGCUUUAUAUGUAAGGACUUUCGUUAUGGAAACCAUAGCCCUCAUGUCUACACUGUACCAGUUCAUUUGCACUGCCACUCGGAUAAGGACUCUUUCCGCCGGAUCUCAAUUAAAGCCAUAUUAAAACCACUUUCCAUUGUUAAUGAAUACAAAGACAAGGCCGCAACC